AAACACACACACAAACACACACACACACAUCUACAAAAACUUUGCUAAGUGAUGAAUAAUCAAAGGGCUCUAACCAUAGCCACCACAAGCCGGAGCAACAACAAUAAUAUUCUCCAAGAAGAUGACGACGAUGAAGAAUCUCCAACCGUCAGGGAUAUCCACGCCCUGACACCACCGCGAGCCCCGCAGGGCACGCGUCGGGAAACUUGGGAGAGUAGUAGCCGUAGAUCGUCGUCCCUCUCCGUAGCAUCGUCCGGUGAGAAUUUCACUACUAUGAGUAGAGAGUUUAGUGCCCUUGUCAUGGCGGGGUCCACUGUCAACAUUGAACACGAAUCGAGUUCGAAUAACAAUAAUAACUUGGACAUAAUAGGGGAAGAUGAUCAUCAUUUUCAUGAAGAAAUCAACCCCUUGGCGAUUGUGCCGGACAAUCAUCCACUGGGCCCCACACGAUCGCCGCCUGGUGGUGACGGCGGUGGUGGUGGUGGACUUGAACUUAUUACUACAAAUAGUAAUCAUAAUACGGGAGGUGAAGUGUCGGUGCAACGAGUUAAGAAAGAGGAGGUCGAUACAAAGAUUAGUGCUUGGCAAAAUGCAAAAAUCGCAAAGAUUAACAAUCGGUUUAAGCGCGAGGAUGCCGUUAUCAAUGGUUGGGAGGGUGAGCAAGUCCAGAAGGCAAGCUCUUGGAUGAAGAAAAUAGAGAGAAAGCUAGAGGAGAAAAGAGCAAAAGCAAUGGAGAAAAUGCAGAAUGACAUUGCAAAAGCUCAUAGGAGAGCAGAAGAAAGAAGAGCUUCCGCCGAGGCCAAAAGAGGCACAAAAGUUGCCAAAGUUCUCGAAAUUGCCAACUUGAUGAGAGCUGUGGGACGACCCCCAAUUAAACGCUCUUUCUUUUGAUUAUAUAUAUACAUAUAUAUAUACCAAUGUUCAUCGAUCACUUUCUAAGUAAUAUAUGUAAAUAUUAUUUGCAAUAAA